UCGCGAUCGCUCGCCGCGAGCGGUCGUCCCGUCGCGUCGUCCGCGAAACCGAAUAAUUGACAUACGUGAUUCCCUUAUUAAUCGUGUUCCCGAUACACCAGUGAGACAUUUGCAUGGUAAUCGUUACCAAAGACAAUCGAGGAUUAAACGUACAUCGUAAUUCGAAAAUGUAAUCGAUUCGAGUGUUGUGAGUUGAGAAUACAAUUUUUGUGCGUUACAUGUGAUUUGUGUGAUAUUACGAAUCGAAAAUCAGGCGCAAAACGUCGACCGUUGACCAGAUUCGACUGAUGCGUACCAUUUACAUUGAUUGAAUGAAAAUCUACCCAAAUUCAGCGAGAUAUUCCACAAAUCUUCAGACGGGAAAUGUAAAGAAAAGCAGUUUAAAAUAGAGUGUGAAAAAAUUGAUUUCAAAUAUGGAAUAUGCUGAUUAAAUUUGAAAUAAAUCUUUUCGAAAAUAUAACAAUGGAAUAAUUGAUUUCAAAUAUGGAAUAUAAGUAGAAUAAUUGCAGUUGAUCGUGAAAAUAUUGAUUUCAAAUAUGGUAAAUAGUGACAUAAAUAAAGAUAAAGCAAAGUGUGAUUGUGGUGUAAAUAAUUUGUAGAUAUGUUGAAUAUUGUGCAUAUAAAGAAGAAAUGAGGAAAAUGACACCGAUUGUGAAGAAAAUUGUCAGCUGUCUCGCUUUGCUUUUUGUUGGUACAGCAAACACCCUACGAUCCGUCCAAAUCCACGUACCGAAGGCGGUAUUAACCGGCCAAGAUGCGGAGCUUACGUGCACGUACGAGCUGGAAGGCGCACAGUUAUACUCAAUUCGGUGGUAUAAGAACAUGGUGGAGUUCUACAGAUUCGUCCCUAAAGAAUCGCCGGCGACAAAAGUCUUUCCUGUGGCUGAGAUUAAAGUCGAUGUGGCAGCAUCGGACCAGAAUCGCGUGGUGCUCCAAGAAGUGGACAGGACCCUGACUGGGGAGUACCAAUGUGAGGUGUCAGCUGACGCGCCUCUGUUUCACACGGAGAUCAAGUCUUCUGAAAUGGUUGUUGUGGAACCACCUCUAAUCAGCCCCAACGUGACAUCGGACAAGAUGACGUACUCUGGAGGUGACCACAUUCACGUCAACUGCUCGUCUCCGCCGUCGCUGCCUGCUGCUAACAUCACGUGGUUCGUCAAUGAACAGAUGGUACCAGGUUUCACGGCGAGUCAUACGCUCAACUUUAGUAAUGGCUACGCGUCAAGUCUUGCCACAUUGGAGUUAGAAGCAGCGGUCAUGUCGCCGGUGCCUUCUCUCAUGAUACGAUGUGAGGCAGCAAUAUUCGAUGUGUGGAAAUCGACCAGUCACACCCUGGUGUUGCGCGAGCGCAGCGCCAACCCAGCCUCGGCUUUAGGUAGAAGUUUUACAGGAUCAUCAGCUGAGACAUGUUUGCCAACAAUCAUAGUCGUUCUUCUCCAUAUAUUCUUACAGAUUAUACUAACUUAUACAGAAACUUUAAGAUAGCUGAUAUAGUCGUAUAAUUAUAUUGUAAGUAGUUUGUUCUCAGGGUUUAAAGCAAUUUCAUUGGUUAAUGUAAGCAAUUAAGCGAGUGAAUUACCUAAUGUAUAUUUUUCUUUGAUAAUGCUUAAUAGAAAUGAUUUGAUAUUAUAGUACACCGGACAAGCUACGACAAAUUGUUAAAAUAUAUAAUGCUAGAUGUUGCCCGGGGCUUCGCUCCCGUGGGAAUUUUGAGAUAAAAUAUAGCCUAUAGCAAUCUUGGAUAAUGAACCUUUCUAAUGGUGAAAGAACUUUUGAAAUCGGUUCGGUAGUUUCGGAUAUUACCCUCCUCAAACAUACGAACUCACAAAUGCUUUCCUCUAUGAUUAUACCCGAAAUAUUUAUUAAUCAUCGACAUUUCCAAAAUCGAGAAGAGUGAAUAGGCAAUAAUUAUAUUUUGAGCUUGCGUGUAACAUCUCAUAUUUGCUUCCCAUCUGACUAGAUAGGUCAAACGCUGAGUGCGUUUCAGAUAUAGAAAAAUAUAGGAACUCAUCUUGUGACUUUCCAUUGUGAAUAUAUUAUUGAGUUGGUUUAUUCGUGAUCAAUCUAUAUGGGAAAGUUCAUUUUCUGCCGAUAUCUUUUCUUUUUCGUGUGUUUGCUAAAACUGGUGCCAGAUUUUAUUCAAGUCGCCUAAUCACCACCUACAUCUAAUGGUAAAUAUUCGCUUAACUGUCAACCAGUGCGCAGGUUUUCUCACGAUGUUUUCCUUCACCGGAAAGCAAGUGGUGGUCGAUGAAAACUAUUGUACAUGAGUCGGAUUGGUAUACAAACUCAUGUGGCACGAGUAGAAUCCGAAUCUGGGACCUUACGAUCACAGGCGGACGGUCUUGACCACUGGACCAUCAUC